CACUUCACUACAAUUCAACCUUUGCUAAUCAAACUUCAUCAAUCCUUCCUUCACACGUUCAACAUUUUUCCUUCCACUCCCAAAAUUUCACAUCAUUAAAUAAAACUCACAACAAUCUAUAUCUAUAUAUCUAUACAUAUACAUACAUACAUAUAUAUAUACACCCAUCAUUCACACACCCACCAACCAAAAAACCCUAAUCAAAUCAAUAAUGUCAAACCCAUCAUUUCAUAUGGGGUUUAUAAUAUAUAUAUUGUUUAUUAGUAUUAGCUGUAUCUAUAAUACCCAAUAUGUAUCAGCAAGAUUUGUAGUUGAAAAAAACAGUUUAACAGUAUCAUCACCAGAUAAUUUAAGAGGAAACCAUGAUACUGCAAUUGGGAAUUUUGGUAUUCCACAGUAUGGUGGUAGUAUGGCUGGCACUGUUUCUUAUCCUAAAGAAAACAAAAAAGGGUGUAAAAAGUUUGAUGAUUUUGGGAUUUCUUUUAAAGCCAGGCCUGGAACUUUACCCAACUUUGUUUUAGUUGAUCGUGGAGAUUGUUUUUUUGCUUUGAAGGUUUGGAAUGCGCAAAAUGCUGGUGCAUCUGCAGUUCUUGUAGCAGAUAACAUUGAAGAAGCGUUGAUAACUAUGGAUACACCUGAAGAGGAUGCUGCUUCUGCAAAUUACAUCGAGAAUAUAACAAUUCCAUCUGCUUUGAUCUCCAAGAGUUUCGGUGAAAAGUUAAAGAAAGCAAUCGCUGAGGGGGACAUGGUAAAUGUGAAUCUUGAUUGGAGAGAAUCCGUUCCACAUCCAGAUGAUCGUGUCGAAUAUGAACUUUGGACCAACAGCAAUGAUGAAUGUGGAGUUAAAUGUGACAUGUUAAUGGAUUUUGUGAAAAAUUUUAAGGGAGCAGCACAGAUUCUUGAAAAAGGUGGUUACACUCUAUUUACGCCACAUUACAUAACAUGGUAUUGUCCUCAGGCAUUCACGGUAAGCAAACAAUGUAAAUCUCAGUGUAUUAAUCAUGGAAGGUAUUGUGCCCCUGAUCCUGAACAAGAUUUUAGCACCGGUUAUGAGGGGAAAGAUGUUGUUAUUGAAAACUUAAGGCAGCUGUGUGUGUUCAAAGUAGCAAAUGAAAUAAAAAAACCUUGGGUUUGGUGGGAUUACGUCACUGAUUUCCAAAUAAGAUGCCCCAUGAAAGAGAAGAAGUACAACAAGGACUGCGCUACUGGUGUUAUUAAGUCUUUAGGGCUUGAUUUGAAUAAAGUUGAGAAGUGUAUGGGUGACCCUAAUGCAGAUUCUGAUAAUCCUCUCCUGAAAGAAGAACAAAAUGCCCAAAUUGGUAAAGGAUCAAGGGGUGAUGUGACAAUUUUGCCUACACUAGUUGUUAAUAAUCGACAAUACCGAGGAAAAUUAGAGAAAGGUGCUGUUUUGAAGGCCAUUUGUGCUGGUUUUGAAGAAACAACCGAGCCGGCUGUUUGUCUGAGUGAUGAUGUCGAAACUAACGAGUGCUUGGAGCGUAAUGGCGGUUGUUGGAAUGACCUAGCAGCCAAUAUCACUGCAUGCAAGGAUACUUUUCGUGGGAGAGUUUGUGAAUGCCCCUUGGUAGACGGAGUACAGUUUAAAGGAGAUGGUUAUACUUUGUGUGAAGCAAGUGGGCCAGGACGUUGUAAGAUAAGUAAUGGAGGAUGUUGGCAUGAAACCCGAGAUGGACAUUCAUUCUCUGCUUGCUCGGAUGGCGGAAGUGCUAAAUGUGCAUGCCCUCCUGGGUUUAAAGGUGAUGGCGUCAAAAGCUGUGAAGAUAUUGAUGAAUGCACAGAGAAGAAAGCAUGUCAGUGCCCUGAAUGCAGUUGCAAGAAUACAUGGGGAAGCUAUGAGUGCAGCUGUAGUAGCGAUCUUUUGUAUAUGAGAGACCAUGAUACCUGCAUAAGUAAGAGGGUUGCUGCAGGAAAAUCGGCAUGGACGGCUGUUUGGAUCGUUAUAUUGAUCUUAGCCAUGGCUGCUGGUGGAGCUUAUCUUGUCUACAAGCAUAGAUUGAGGACUUACAUGGACUCGGAGAUUAGAGCUAUUAUGGCACAAUACAUGCCUCUGGACAACCAGAGUGAAGUUCCCAACCAUGUAAGUGAGGAUCGUACUUGAAAAACAAGAUUUGUGGAUGAUUUAUCGGGACUAUAGUGAUGUGUUGAUGGGUUAUUUCGUAUGCCUUUCUACAUCCAACCGAUGAAUUCAAAGAUGUCUAUGCACAUUUGUGUACCAUGAUAGAUAAUAGGCAAGUGUAGAGAGCUUGUGAGCUUGGAAACGUGAUUCUAUUAUCUCAGAUUAAGUAUGUCCCUUGUAAUAGUGAUAGUGAUACGUUAUGAAUGAUGGGAAUGUUGUUUAUUGUUUUUAUGUACUGUUAUAAGAUGCAGAAAAAUGUUACAAUAAUUACAAAAUGAGGUUGCCAAUCAAA